AGGAUGCACUUGAUCACAAACCGACCGACCAGUAGUCGAGCAGAACAGGAGAAAGACGAAGACUUUGAAGUAGAUUGGGUGCUUCUAUACGACUUUGAGGAUAUCGACAUCGAGGCUUUUGGUCUGGAAGCAGAAGUUCGACAUGGCUACGGUACAACCUUAAUAAUACUCAUUCGCAUUCCUCGCAACAAGCUGGGUAAUGAAGUCUACCGCUCACGGGUCAAAGACUGGCUGUUCGGAAUUGUCCAUGUUCGCCCCCUUGGUGACAGUUCCACAGUCGUCGACGCUGCAACACCCUCCGAAGAGAUACGUUCUGUCUUUCAUCUGGUCACCUGGACAAAAGAGCAAGGCGGUGCAGGAAUUACUGCAAACUUUGGACAAUGGNAAAAUGUCACAGCAUCUUUUGCCCCGCAUGCCUGGACGGCCAACAAGAAGCUGUUGAAGCAGCUGUCUGCGAAAAUCAUCCUUGAGGCCAAGGACUUGGAUCAGAUCAAAGCAUUGNUAGCUUUCUACUAUGCAUUCAUACAAGCAUACUCUCUGUUUCUUGUCGUGCCUGCUUCAAGCGGGACAUUGUUCUGGCUUCUCUCAAAACCAUACUCGAUCGUGUUCGGAGCAGUCAUAUGUUUUUGGAGCAUCACAUUCGUCGAGUGGUGGAAGAGACAAGAGCUCGAGCUAAGCAUCAGAUGGAACGUCAAAGGUGUCGGUGCACUCAAAGUCAACCGCGUCCAGUAUACCUGGGAGAAAGAAGAGACCGACUCGAUCACUGGCGAGGUGAAGAAGAUAUUUCCAGCUCACAAGCGUCUGACAAGACAGCUUGUAUUCUUGCCUNUUGCCGCGCUGGCAAGUCUGGCACUAAGCAGUGUUCUGGUCGUUACGUUCCUCAUCGAGGCGGUGAUUUCCGAUGUAUACGGCGAGGCGUUGGCGAGCUACUGGGUAUGGCACGCAACACAAUUCAGAAUUUCUAGUUCUAAUCAUCUAUCAGNNGCUGUACAAUAUCUUCCGACAAUACUUCUCGCAGUCUCUCUUCCAUAUAUCACCGACUCUUUGACAUCUGUUGCUUCACGACUAUCUGAACACGAAAACCACCGCACUAACGACGAGUUUGAACUGGCUCAAGUUCAGAAGGCCUUUGUCUUAUCCUUUAUCACCUCAUUCCUGCCACUUAUCCUGACAGCUUACAUCUAUGUCCCGAUUGGAUCGAAACUUUUGCCAUAUCUCAUACCGGACUCGUGGCAGUUACAUGUUGCAGCCAAAGACUUUCGCGUUGACGCCCAUCGCUUACAAGAAGAAGUCAUAUCUCUGUCGAUGGCUGGACAAGUCAUCAAUUUUGGUGAGGAAUUCAUACUUCCCUUUGCCAAGCGGCACCUCCAAGAAGCAUAUCGGCGAUACAAAGAUGCACGGCAAGGAUCUUCGUUACAUCAACGCAUGCACUCUGAAUUCACGAGAACUCUGCUUGUCGACGCACCACAAGAAGCAAGUCUUUUAUCAAGGCUACGCGCAGAAGCAGUCGCCGCACCGUACGAUUGUAUAGAGGAUACCAUGGAGAUGGUGAUCCAAUUAGGCUAUCUUGCCAUGUUUGGCGUCGUGUACCCUCUCAUGCCUCUAGGUUUUCUGAUCAACAACUGGAUCGAGCUACGCGGCGACUUCUUCAAGCUCAUCAGUGAAUCGCAACGUCCACCGCCUAUUCGCUCCGACUCGAUUGGACCUUGCAUCUCAGCCCUCGAAUUCUUGACUUGGCUAGGAAGCCUUUCCACUGCUGCCUUGCUUUAUCUGUAUCGCAACGGCGAAGUGACUGACAUUCGUCUUGAUGGCUUGUUGCUUACAGCCUUCAUUGCCGAGCAAGUCUAUCUAGCCACAAAACUUAGCGUACGCUUCGUCUUUGACAAAAUCGGCUCAGAAGCUGUAAGGAGAGAGGAAGCAACCCGCCGUCUAGUCCGCAAACGCUAUCUCGAGACUUUCUCUGAAGAGGCAGCUGGUACAUCUGUUCGUCAGAAUGCGCAUACUUACGCUGCAAAUCACAGGCGGUCUGCCCCUACUACACCCACCGACCCUGAGAAGAGAGGCCAUCUGCCUAUCAUACCCGAAGUCGAAGAAACAGUGGAUGUGAGAAGUGAGUACAAGACAGAAAAAGCAGAAAGGUUUUGGAAUGCACGUAAAGAGAUUAUGUGCACAGCAGAGGCGGGAGUGAGGUUGAUUGUAGCACUCAAGGGGAUGCAGAAGUCGAGGAGUGGAGACGGCGGUGACAAGUCCAAGUGGAUUUGA